GGAGCGAGCAGCGGCAGGAGCAGGAGACCGAGGGAGGAUCGCCGUGUCGGAUACUAACAUCUCUGCUUUGACCUUCCCAGGAGAUGAAAUCCGCAUUUUAAGCGCGUUACGAACUUUACUGCAGCGCAAGAAAAUGACGGUGGAUUUUGAAGAUUGCAUUAAAGAUUCACCCCGGUUCAGGGCAAACAUUGAUGAGGUGGAGACAGAGGUUGUGGAGAUCGAGGCAAAGCUCGAUAAGCUGGUGAAGCUAUGCAGUGGUAUGAUUGAAGCGGGGAAGGCGUACGUGAGCGCCAACAAACUCUUUGUCAACGGCAUCCGGGAUCUGUCUCAGCAGUGCAAGAAGGAUGAAAUGAUCUCGGAGUGCCUGGAAAAGUGUGGGGAAAGCCUCCAGGAGAUCAUCAACUACCACAUGAUACUGUUCGAUCAAGCUCAGAGGUCUGUGAAGCAGCAGUUGCACAACUUUGUGAAGGAGGAUGUUCGGAAGUUCAAGGAGACCAAGAAGCACUUCGAUAGGGUGCGUGAGGAUAUGGAAAUAGCGCAGGUGAAGAACGCUCAGGCGCCGAGGAACAAGCCUCACGAGGUCGAAGAAGCCACCAGCACACUCAGCAUCACCCGCAAGUGCUUCCGACACCUCGCUCUGGACUACGUGCUGCAGAUCAAUGUCCUCCAGGCGAAGAAGAAAUUUGAGAUCCUAGAUGCUAUGCUGUCAUUCAUGCACGCCCAGUACUCGCUGUUCCAGCAGGGCUACAACCUGCUGGAUGAGAUCGACCCCUACAUGAAGAAACUGGCUGCUGAGCUGGAUCAGCUGGUGAUUGAUUCAGCGAUGGAGAAGAGGGAAAUGGAGCAUAAACAUGCCACCAUUCAGCAGAGGACCCUCAUGCAGGACUUUUCGUAUGACGACUCUAAGGCGGAGUUCAACGUGGAUGCUCCUAAUGGUGUGGUGAUGGAGGGAUACCUUUUCAAGAGGGCCAGCAAUGCCUUCAAGACCUGGAACAGACGGUGGUUCUCCAUACAGAACAGUCAGCUGGUCUAUCAGAAGAAGCUCAAGGACUCUCUGACAGUGGUGGUGGAAGACCUGCGGCUGUGCUCUGUUAAACCGUGUGAGGACAUCGAGAGGAGGUUCUGCUUUGAGGUCGUCUCCCCCUCCAAGAGCUGUAUGCUUCAGGCUGAAUCUGAGAAGCUAAGACAAGCAUGGAUUCAGGCAGUCCAAGCUAGCAUCGCUUCAGCCUACAGAGAGAGCCCAGACACCUACUACAUAGAGCAUCUGGACAGAACUGCCUCCCCGUCCACCAGCAGCAUCGAUUCAGCCAGCGAGCCACGGGAUCGCAGUGCCCGGGGGGAGACCAUCCUGCAGCGGAUCCAGUGUCUGCCGGGGAACGAGCAGUGCUGCGACUGCAGCCAGGCCGACCCUCGCUGGGCCUCCAUCAACCUGGGCAUCCUGCUGUGUAUCGAGUGCUCCGGUAUCCACAGGAGUCUCGGGGUUCACUGUUCGAAGGUUCGCUCUCUCACACUGGACUCAUGGGAACCAGAAUUAUUAAAGUUGAUGUGUGAGCUUGGAAACAGCGUCAUCAACCACAUCUAUGAAGGCUCAUACCAAGAGCAAGGUCUGAAGAAACCAUUACCCUCCAGUUCAAGGCAGGAAAAAGAGGCUUGGAUUAAAGCAAAGUAUGUAGAGAAGAAAUUCCUGAAGAAGCUGGGCUCCACAGAGAUACUCAUCAACGGAGAGAGGAAGCCAGAGCGGCGGUGGAGUGUGAAGAAGUGUCGGAGACACAACAGCGCCACCACGGUAUCCAAAGCACGGCGAAGGUACCGACAAGAGCCCGGAAGCACCUCCCCUUCUACCCUCUCCUCGGCUGCUGCUAAGUUCAGACGAGACUCCCUGUUUUGUCCCGAUGAGCUGGACUCCCUCUUCUCUUACUUCGACACAGGAUCUGGGCCUCGAAGUCCGGCAGGCCUCAGCAGUGACAGCGGGCUGGGAGGCAGCACAGAUGGCAGCACAGACAUCCUGGUGUUUGGGUCUGUGGUGAACAGCGUCACAGAGGAGGAGUGUGAGGUGUCCGAGGACUCGAGUGGUGAAGCAGAGCUGGAGGCCGAGCCGGAGACGUCAGACCCGGAGGACAUAAGAGACCUUCAUCCUGGAGCGCUGCUGUACAAAGCCUCAAAGGCCCGCAACCUGCCCGUCAUGGCUGAAGCACUAGCGCAUGGGGCCGACGUCAAUUUGAUCAACGAUGAGGACGAAGGGAAGACGCCCCUCAUUCAGGCAGUGACUGGGGGUUCAUUGAUCGCCUGCGAGUUCCUGCUCCAGAACGCUGCUGACGUCAACCAAAGAGACGCGAGAGGGAGGGGCCCCUUGCAUCAUGCCACAUAUCUGGGACACACAGGGCAGGUGUGUUUGUUCCUUAAAAGAGGAGCCACACAGAACGACGGGGAUGAGGACGGCCAGGAUCCUUUGAGUAUAGCUGUACAGCAAGCCAACGCAGAUAUAGUCACACUGCUGCGUUUGGCCAGGAUGAAUGAGGAGAUGCGGGAGUCGGAGGGACCCUUUGGACAGCCAGCAGGAGACGCCACGUACCUCGACAUCUUCCGUGAAUUUUCCCACAUGGCAUCCCACAACCCAGAGAAGCUGAAACGAAGGAGUGUGCACUUCCGACAUUCCUUCAGGUAGUCAGCCAAGCAUCUGGAGAGGAACAACAUCAUAUACUUGAAAAGUGCAGCAGACGCUUUCCAGAUAAUAGUGACAACUGAGGUUGCAUGUUCAACAGUGCAUGUAAUCCUCAGGGGAAACCUGAUAGCAAAAAUAAUGUUGUUAAUGCAUUUUUAAAAGAAUCAAAUACCAUAACACACCACCCACUGUUUUAUUCCACAGAGAAAUUCACAGUCACCUUUAAAGUGCAUUAAAGUGAAGAAACCAUGACAAUUUUGUGAUGCUGUUGUUCGUUAUCAUUCAGUGUUUGGAGUAGCUGCAUUAUAUCUGCAAGAUCUGAGCUGUUCUCAGAUCAGACUUUUAUUUUGAUAGGUUUUUGUUCUAUGAGGAUUUGCUGGUCUUUUCCUCUUAUAAAUGUGUAUAAAUAUAGCAUUGCUUUUGUACAAUGUUAGAUUUAACUUUGAAUAAAAUGCCAAGCACUUGUUUUAUUUUUUUUAUUUUUUAUUUGUAUAAAUCAUCAUUUGUUUCCUUCGUCUCAGUCUGUGUCUGAUCGUUGCAGGAAUUCCAUCAAUACUUUACAUAAAUGAUUUUUUCUGUAUGUGUAAUGCAUGCAUUUACUCCCAUUAUAUUUCAUUACUUAAACUUGAACUCUGCUAUGUUGUAUGGAUAAAAAAGUGUCAUAUCCUCUUUAGUUAUCAUCACCAAUCCAACAUCUUGAGGUCGCAGUGUUAUUUUCUCUUGAUAAGCAGCUUGUUUUUAUGUGAAUGGUUGUUGUGCAUCGACUAUGCUGGUGUAGUCUUCGUAAUAUUUUUUUUUUGUGUAAAUGUACUUUGCAGUACCACUAUGAAAUUCAGUGCUUGUGUUACUGUAUACACGCUGUAGAAGCAAAAAAUGCUAAUAUAUCUGAAUGAACAGAAGUACUGAUGAA